AUCUCAGUGUAAAAGCUAUCCGAAAGUUUACAAGCUGACAUUCUUUGCAGAACGCACUUACGUCCUUUGCGUAAAAAUGAUAGCAUGGAUAGCAUGGAUGUUUACAACCGUUUGUGCAGGUCUUUUUGCCCUUCUGAUAUUCCAAAGGAUGACGUACCCAUUCUUUUGGAAGGAUUUGAUUUAUUACUUAAAGAUUCGGAAGGUCGGAAAGGCGAUAAAGUCUCGUAUGCAGAGAGGAGUAAUCACUUACCUCGACUGCUUUGUAAAUCAGGCUAACAAGACGCCUGACAAGGCUUUCAUAGUGUUUGAGGAUCAAACACUUACAUACCAGGACGUUGAUAAAAGAAGCAACCAAUUUGCGAAAGUCUUCAGAACUGAAGGUGGCUUGAAGAAGGGUGAUCAUGUCGCGCUUCUGAUGAGGAAUGAACCUGAUUUUAUUUGUGUGUGGUUCGGACUGAGUAAACUGGGCUGCGAAGUCGCAUUACUCAACUUCAAUAUAAAAUCCAAAGCGCUCCUACAUUGUUUUGAAAGUUGUGGAGCGGAAUCACUCGUCGUAGGCGCAGAUUUGGUCGGAUCGCUGGCUGAGUUGUUACCCGUCCUGAAGGAAAAGAACAUUGAGGUCUGGGUCACAGACGCCAGCUGCCCCUAUGACGGAGUCAACACGCUACUGGACAAGGUGGAGCAGGCCUCAGGACUGGCCUUACCUGACUACCCUAGUGUGGACCUCACAUCCAACUUCUUGUUCAUCUUCACAUCAGGAACGACAGGACUUCCUAAGGCUGCCCGGGUGGGACAUCUCAAAGCCAUUAUGUGCAUGGCCUUCCUUCAGAUGUGUGGAGUCCGAUCUGAUGACAACGUCUACAUCACAUUGCCACUGUAUCACAUGACCUCCUCUCUUCUGGGGGUUGGUGGAUGUAUACAGCUUGGGGCGACAUGUGUGCUGAAGAAGAAGUUCUCCGCCAGUCAAUUCUGGAAGGACUGCGUGAAGUACAAUGUGACAGCAUUUCAAUACGUGGGGGAGCUCUGCCGCUACCUGGUCCACCAACCUGUAGUCCCCGAGGAGAGGGCCCACCAUGUGCGAGUGGCAGCGGGCAGUGGUCUGAGGGCAGAUGUCUGGCGGGAGUUCAUCAGGCGCUUCGGGAAGAUCAACAUCCGGGAGGCCUACGGUUUAACCGAGGCCAGUGUUGGCUUUGUCAACUACACGGAUGAAAUAGGACCCAUCGGACGAGCAGGCUAUUUCAACAAGCUGAAUGCGUCCUUUGAGUUCUUGCGAUGUGAUCCCCAAACUUAUGAGCCAGUGCGGACGGCUUCAGGACGUUGCGUCAGAGCAAACAAAGGAGAGACUGGUAUCCUGGUGGCCGCGGUGUCACAGAACAGCCCUUUCCUGGGGUACGCUGGGAAUAAGAUUCAGUCAGAGAAGAAGCUCCUCAGAGAUGUGUUCAAGGAGGGAGAUGUGUACUUCAACACAGGAGACCUCAUGCUCCAGGACCACAGAGACUUUGUCUACUUCCGUGACCGUGUCGGAGAUACCUUCAGGUGGAAAGGAGAGAAUGUGUCCACCACAGAGGUUUCUGAGAUCAUUGGAAGUCUGCAUUUUCUGAAGGAGGUGAAUGUCUAUGGGGUUUCUGUGCCGGGUUAUGAAGGCCGGGCAGGAAUGGCAGCCGUUGUGUUGAAGCCAGGCUAUAGCCUGGAUGGGGAAAAGCUCUGCAGCCAUUUGGUCCAGAGCCUGCCUGCCUAUUCAUGGCCCUGGUUUCUAAGGAUCCAGACAUCCAUAGACGUUACAGAGACCUUCAAGCAGCAGAAGGGGAAGUUGGUGCAGGAAGGUUUCAGCCCUGAGGCGGUUCAUGAACCUCUGUACUUCCUGGACCAAUCCCAGAGAGACUACAUCCCUCUUACUCCAUCUCUGCAUAAUGACAUCAUCUCUGGAAAGGUCCGCCUUUAGAUUGAUGUAGAACGGGUUGGGGUCGGUUGCAUUUCAAUUGCGGUCAAUAAGUUUUCUUUUUGUUAAGGAAUUGACCUCAUUGCCCUGAAACACUUUGGUGGUGUAUUCUGCAGGGCUACAGUGUAAACGUAAAAGGUACGGGUUUAUUAUGACAGUAGCCUAUUCUUUCCUGGAAAUUCCCCAGAAAGCCCCACAGACUGAGUGCUAUGCAUCAGAUUUACGGACCAGGUUUUAAUAAUAUGAUAGCAACCAGCAGUUAGCACAUGUAUUUAUGUAGACAGAGUCUUCACAGCCACCUACUAUGACUUAUAUACUGGCAAAUGCAUUAAGAAAAUGAACUGUCUUCAAGCUAAAAUUAACAGAAAAGUUAGGCAACAUCUAUUUUUAUCUACUGUAAAUUUAAUUUAAAUUCAUUUUCAUGUUCAUUUGAUGUGUUGUGUACUAACAUGUUGUUUAGUAACAAAAAAGUUACUGUCAUUUAUGACCUUAAGUGAAGUGACUGUUUCCUGUCCAGGUGACAACUCUGCGAAAAAAUCUGGCCUAUAAUUGUAUCCCUUAUUGGAUGGAAAAAUAACCAGGGAAUUAUCAUAAAUACUGAUAAUGGGGGAAGAAAGUCUAUCUAUGAAAGACCUGAAAGAAUUUUUUGAAGACUGACCACAAUGGCUUAGAUAUUUAUAAAUGCCAUAGGGGGAAGAUCUUUACCAGGAAACCUUUACUUUACCAUUCCACUAUUUUAUUGCAUUGAUGCUUGUUUCUUUAACAGCAGACCUUUCAAACUGUAGUAGCUGUAACUGAAGCUAACAUUAAUGCUAUGUGACAUUAUCAUUUCAGGGCAUAUUGUGUAUGGAGGCAAGUAAUUCUACACACCCCCCUGGACAGUGUUCAGGUUUUGCCUGAAAAUGUACCUUAAGAGAUUUGAUUUUCCAAAAGAUCUGCAUAACCCAACCCAGAUUUACAAAUCAAAAGAACAUAAUAUAAUUUUUGUCUGAAUAACUCCAGUUGUAGCUAGGGUUGCACGGUAUUGGAAAUAACUGACAUCGCAAUAUUUUGUUUUUCUGAGAUAUAAAUUGCGAUAUGAAGAAACAGAGGAUGUAUUCAGAAAGAGCUUUGGCUAUCAACCCGACAGUAUCCUUCAUUCUUCCCCAGCCCCAUCCUCUAUGAUUAAA